CUGUGCGCACUCACAAUAGCAGCAUUUAGUAUCAGCGGGGCCUUCACAAAUCACACAUCAACUCAACUAUCGAGCAUGUCCGCCCCGAGUGCAGAUGGCUCUGGUUCUGCUGGGAUGUCUGGGAGUAACCACAGGCUGCAGCAGACGCAGGCACAGGUGGAUGAGGUGGUGGACAUCAUGAGAGUGAAUGUCGAUAAGGUCCUGGAACGAGACCAGAAGCUGUCCGAUUUGGACGAUCGUGCCGAUGCCCUGCAGGCCGGUGCUUCCCAGUUUGAGACCAGCGCUGCCAAACUCAAGAGGAAAUACUGGUGGAAGAACUGCAAGAUGUGGGCCAUUUUGAUAGCUGUGGUUUUGAUCAUUAUUGUCAUCAUUAUCAUCUGGUCGCUGUCAUAAAGACAGAAAUCCGGUUAUGAUUGGAGGAGAAGAACAGGAUAUGAAGGAGUAUCAACUUCAGAAAGAAGAGAGAGAUAAUGAAUGCAUGCUCUUCCAAUACGUUCUAACCUGCUGAUUUUCAAAAGCAUAUCUUGUAAACUAUCCUCAAUGUUGGUUUUCUUUUUAUAGGUUUUGUUUUUAAUGACUAGGAUUUGAAUAUGUUCCUGAAUGCUAUUUCCAAAUACAUCUAACACACUCCUCUGUGCAAAUGACUUGAAAGUGUACAGGUUACAAAAUGAUCCAUAACCAUAACACGCAUGCUUUCAUGAUAACAUGAGGCCAAAACAUAU